AUCCUAAACUUUUGUUAUAAGAUUGUGACCUAUUUGUUUUGACAUUUGGUUAAUUUCUUAAUACAUAAAUUAAAGCAAAAAACUUCUUUGAUCGCUAUAACAAUAUGCUUAACAUUAGAAUUGUUCUAUGAUAUGCUUUUAGCAUAUAAAAUCAAAAUAUGUGCUAAUUAUACUAAAAAAUCUUUGUGAAAGUGCAUUGCAUAAUCGCAAUCUAGGCACGACAUUUUGACGUGAACUUGCACGAUAUGGCCGUGUUUUUGAUCAAUAUUUGUAAAUUUAAUGGUUGUGGAAUCACAUUUCCAAGUUUAGGAGAUCUUAUCCAGCAUAUUGAAGAUACACAUAUUGAUUACGAUCCAAAAGUCAUUGAGCUUAAGGAGCAACAACAACCCCAAUGUCUCCCUCUCAGUUAUGUUUUACGCUUUAUAACGGAUGCUGCACGGAAAGAAGCCUCCUUUGUGGCAGCCACUGGAGCCGAUAUAAAGCGUAAGUUGACUACAAAACAUCAUAGCUAUAGUGCUUCUUCCUCGAAUCGCAGCAAUACACCAACAGGCAGUGAAUUGGAUGAAGAGGAUAUGAUUGUGUCUGAAUCUGAAGACAGCAACGAUUCAUGGACAACAGAAGAAUUUAGUUCGGAAUUCAUUAUGAGAUAUGGAAGUCGGCAUUCUGGAAAUCAGGGUUCUAACUCUCUGAACGAGAAACCGUUUGCUUGUCCUGUGCCAGGCUGCAAAAAGCGUUAUAAAAAUGUGAACGGUAUUAAAUACCAUUCUAAAAAUGGCCACAAAAAAGAUGGAAAAGUUCGAAAAGGCUACAAAUGCCAUUGUGGGAAGAGCUACAAAACAUCACAGGGGCUAAAGAGUCAUACUGUUUUAGCGCACAAUACAACAGGAAACAUGACUGUUCAACCACCAGGAUCCAUGUCGCCUACUGGUAGCAAUUGUAGUAACACAUCUGGGAGUAGCAAUUGUAUUAGUCAAAAUUUAAACUCUUUAAAUAACGCAAUUGCAUCAGUUGGAAGCAUGUUAAAUACAUCAAGCCUAAACACUUCUAAUAGUACAGUACACCUGUCUCCAACUUCACCGCUUCCAGGUCUUUCGACAUCCUGUGGUGCUAAUAAUGGGAGUAAUACACAACUCAAAAACAGUUUUGGCUUAAUAACUAUCAAAGCCAAACCAGGACUAGUUGGAGUAACGAAUAAAUUAGUCAAAAUAGUUCCAGAGAAUUCAGUUAGUAAUAUUGACAAAGUCGUCAAAGCGUCUGAUAGUAGGACAAUUAGCACAUCUGUUUCAGCAACAGCUUCAAAAAUAAGUUUGCCAGGUCUCGUAAAUUUGGGUAUCUUAACUCCUGCUACCUCACCAAAACCUAUAUCGCAAUCAACAAGCCAAUGUUCAAUAAUACAAUCUGUAACACAGUCCCAAUCUGUUUCAAAC